AUGAAUUUUUCACCAAAUUGGAAAGAAUAAAUAUUUGAAAAAGAGAUUAAAAAUUGGAAUAAAUAGUUAAAAAGAAUUGAAAAAGUAAAAAUUCAAAUCAAAUUUACUAAAGACCACUAAAUAAUAUAUUCAAAAGAUGGAUCAAACUUAAGAAUGUAAAUAUUUAUUGCUAAAUUUUUAAAAGAGAAAAACAUCCUGGUAUCAUAAAUUAUCCAAAUCUUUUUAACAAUAUGGAUUAAAUUGUCAAUCUUUAAUGGUCAGGUCAAUAUGAUUAGAACAACAAGAAAAAUGGAAAAUGGAUUGCUUCUUGGAAUGAAGAAGACAUUUUAAAGAAUGUUGGUGGAUACUAUAAGGAUGGAUAAAAGCAAGGAUUUUGGAAAGAUCUAUUCUUAAAUUUUUGGAAGUAAAUUAUUAAAAGUUAAAAUUAUUUAAAGUAAAGGACAAGUUUUAGAAACUGGAGAAUAUUAAAAUGGCUUUAGAAUUGGCAAUUGGAAUUAUAUUUGUUAUUAUAAGAAGAUGUAAUUUUUUGUUAUUUGUUUAGUCGCGGAGGAUUCUACAAUAAAGAUGGUUAUAAGUAAGGCAAAUGGGUUGAGUUUGAUGAAGGAUUUUAUAAUGGGAAAUAAAUCGCUUAUCAUGGUGAAUAUGAUAUCAAAGGUAAGAGGAUCGGUAAAUGGAAUAUAGUGCUUAAUUGCAGAGAUAAUAAAUAAAUGUAACAUUAUAUUGCUAAAAGAAAUAUAAUAAUUUUUUAGUGGUGGUGGAUAAUAUGAUUAAGAAGGAAGUGAGAAAAAGAUUGGAAAAUGGGUAGAGUUGGAUGAAACAUUUUAUGAUGAUAAAUAAAUCACUUAUAUUGGUGAAUAUAAUUUGAAUGGCAGUAAGGUUGGUCAAUGGGAUGUCAUUUUUUAAUAUAAACAAAUGUAAAUAUGAUAUAAGUAAAAAUAUAUUUUUAGUGGUGGUGGAUAAUAUAAUUAAGAAGGAGGUAAUAAAAAAGUUGGAAAUUGGGUAGAGUUAGAGGAUGGGUUUAAUUAACAUAAAUAAGUCACUUAUAUUGGUGAAUAUAAUUUUAACGGCUGUAAAGUUGGUCAAUGGGAUGUUAUUUUUUAAUAUAAAUAAAUGUAAACAUGAUAUAAGUAUAAAUACACAUUUAGUGGUGGUGGAUAAUAUGAUAAAGAUGGAAGUGAUAAAAAAUUUGGAAAAUGGGUAGAGUUGGAUGAUGGGUUUAAUUAACAUAAAUAAGUCACUUAUAUUGGUGAUUACAAUAUCAACGGUAAGAAGGUAGGCAGAUGGGAUAUAUGGUUGAGGAAGGAAUAGAUAUUUGCAAAUGAUAAAAAUGACAAUGUGUAACUAAUAUUAAGUAUGUUAGGGGUGGUGGAGAAUAUGAUUAAGAAGGAUUUUAGAAAAAGAUUGGAAAAUGGGCAGAGUUGGAUGAAAGCUUUAAUUAUUAUAAGUAAUUCAUCUAUAUUGGCGAUUAUAAUAUGAAUGGAAUGAAAACAGGAGUAUGGAAUAAAAUAAAUUUAAAAUUCAAUUCAUUGUGGUAUCAUAUUUAAGAAUGAAUUACAUAGUGGUUGCGUUAAUUUUGAUGAAAAUGGAAAUGAGAUAUAUAGGAGUGAGAAGUAUUUAGUAUUUAGUUAUUAGCAAUGCAAUUAUUUAUGUUGGAGAAUUCAAUAUGAAUAAGAAGGUUGGUAGAUGGCAAAUUAUGUUUGAUAAGAGAGACGAAAAGUUCUACAAAUAAGUGUAAAUACUGUAUUAGUAUUAGGCAUAUAUAUGUGUUUAGAGGUGGAGGAUUAUAUAAAUUAGAAGGAUCUGAGAAAAAAACCGGAUAAUGGGUAGAGUUGGAUGAAAAAUUUUAUGAUGAUAAAUAAGUCACUUAUAUUGGUGAAUAUAAUUUGAAUGGCAGCAAGGUUGGUAGAUGGGAUAUAUGGUUUCAGAAAAAAAAUGAAGAGCAAACAAAUGACAAUAUGUAAAUAAUAUUUAAGUAUAAGGAAUAUAAUAUGCGUUUUAGUGGUGGUGGAUCAUAUGAUUAAGAAGGUAGUUAGAAAAAGUUUGGAAAAUGGAUAGAGUUGGAUGAAGGAUUUUAGUUUUUUAAAUAAGUCACUUAUAUUGGUGAAUAUAAUAUCAACGGUAUGAAGUAAGGUCGUUGGGAUAUAUGGUUUUAAAAGACAAAUGGAGAUAUGACAAAUGUCAAUAUGUAAAUUAUUUAUGUAAUAACAGUGGUGGUGGAUCAUAUGAAGGAGAGUAGAAUAAGAUUGGAAGAUGGGUAGAGUUGGACAAAAACUUUUGGUUGGGUAAAUAAGUCAUUUAUAAUGGCGAAUAUAAUAUGAAGGGAAUGAAGAUUGGUACAUGGGUGGAAAUUGAUAUAAAAGAGAAUGUGAAACUUAGUGAAAAGAAAUAUGAUAUUUGA